AUGCCAACUCCAAAAACUUUUGUUAUAGUUGGCGCUGGAGUCGUGGGGCUCACGACAGCCCUAGAGGUGAAAACCCGCUAUACCUCCAGCAAUGUUACCAUUAUCGCUAAGGACCUCCCCGGUGAUUCAAGCCCCUCGUACGCCUCUGCAUGGGCAGGCGGUAACUGGAUAUCCUGCGCAACGGACAAUGGCCGCGAAGAAGACCGGGAUCGUGUCACUUACAUCAAGUUCAAGGACCUGGUACAGAAACAUCCCCAUUGUGGCGUAUAUGGGAUGGAACUCCGCUCUAUUUACGACGGUGAUAUUGACAAGGUCGGGGUGCUCAGCGUUGGGACGAAUAAGAUCUGGUACGACGACAUAGUGGGUGGUCUGCGAUUCCUCGCUCCGGGGGAGCUUCCUGAGGGUGCGAAGUUUGGCUUUGAUGCCAAUACCUUCGUGAUAGACGUGCAAAGGUACUUGCCAUGGCUCCAAGGGGAAGCACUCAGACAAGGUAUCGAGGUUCGUCGAGUGAUCGUUGAUGACCUUAGAGACGUACCAAAGAUGUUUCCUGGUGUCUCAGGCAUUUUCAAUUGUACAGGGCUAGGCUCUUUGACCUUGGGUGGUGUCAAUGAUGCUCAACUAUACCCUUCAAAGGGCCAAACAUACCUUGUUCAGACGCCCCUGGGAGGAAUUGACAGAAUGUACUAUCGGUCGAGCCUGCGCCUUGGAAGCUGCAACUCGUACGUUUUCCCCCGUGGCAAGCAUGGCGGUGUAAUCCUCGGGGGUUGUCGCCUUGACGGAAAUUGGGACGGGAAUUUCGACACCGAGCUGGGAGAAAGCAUGAAACGGAAAUGCUGCGAGCUCGCUCCUGAACUUGGGAGCCCGGAAGACUUGCGGAUAAUCAAGGAGGGCGUAGGUUUUCGGCCAAACCGGAAGGGAGGGAACAGAAUCGAGAUGGAAAAGAAAUAUGGAACCAUGAUCAUCCAUAACUACGGCGCCGGGGGAGCUGGAUACCAGGCCUCAUGGGGAAUGGCUAGAGCAGCUGUUGACUUGCUGCCUACAAUGGCAAGUCUAUGA